AUGCAGAAUACAUCAAGUUUGUUCAAUGUCAGCAGUUCAUCAGGCUGGAGAAUGGCUGACCGAUGCUUCUCGAGCAUAGGAUCUCCUGCAGUCAGGACUGGCCUUUACCUCUUCAUAAUGGUUAUCAUGGCAGCCACUUUGGCUGGCAAUUUCCUUGUGGUUCUGGCUGUUGUCUACUUUAAGCAGCUACGCUCAGCGACCAAUGCUUUUGUGCUGUCACUGUCCAUAGCUGAUUUCUUCGUCGGGAUCAUGGUGAUGCCCUACAGCAUGAGCAGGACAAUUGAAGGAUGCUGGCGCUUUGGGCCGACCUUCUGUCAAAUCCACUCAAGCCUGGAUGUGAUGUUCUGCACCGCCUCCAUUCUUCACCUCAGUUGCAUUGCUCUUGACCGUUACUAUGCCAUCUGUGAUCCUCUGGUGUAUCGUUGUAAGAUGUCGCCCAGCAGGGUGGUUGUUCUACUCCUUGCCUGCUGGGUGGUGCCAGCUGCGAUAUCUGUUAUCCCGAUAAUGUUGCAGCUGCACAGAUUAGGUGUUGAUCCUGAUUUGCUAACCAAUAGGAGCUGUGUGCUCAUGGUGAACCAGACCUAUGCUAUCUGGGCCUCUCUUGUAUCCUUUUACUUGCCCAUGGUGGUUAUACUCGUGGCAUAUUGGAGGAUUUACCAGGCAGCUAGAAAGCAGGCAAUUCAGAUUAAUGCUGUGGAUAACCAAGUCCAGGGAUAUGCUUCAGGCUUAGCAACAGCCCAGGUGCGCAAACAAUCCAUGAAACGGGAAAGAAAGGCAGCGAAAACACUGGGGAUAAUUAUCGGCAUAUUUCUUUCCUCCUGGUUGCCCUUCUUCAUGGCAAACAUCAUUGACCCUUUCCUGGGUUACAAGAUAGACAGGGGGACUUGGGAGGUAUUGGUCUGGCUAGGCUACAGCAAUUCUUCGAUGAACCCAUUUCUCUAUGGGGUUAUCAACCGGUCCUUCCGACGUGCAUUCCUCAUCAUCAUCAGCUGUAAGAUCUGUGUUCCCCGAUCUCUGCAAAACAUCAACUUAUCCAACAGUGAGCAAGUUGCCGUGUAGGACUUGGUGCACUGAAUGGGUGGGCGCUAUACGUGGUGAGGAUUUGUGCUCC